AUGACGGUGACAGCCUGGAUCCUUAUGUUACGUUUCCCUUCCCUCCAUCACCUCUCUCCCCAUCUGCCCACCCCCUGGCACCUUUCCCCUACAGCAUGCGGGCGCACGACGGUGACGAUCCGCUUGCAGUACCUGGGGCUGUACGACCUGCACAACGGCAUCUACAACAUGACCUUCUACAACGGCUGCGCCUACAACGUCACCAGCCCGCUGCGCGUGUGGCAGUGCUUCGACUUCAACAACGUGUGGGAGGGCAUUCUCACCAACCCCGAUCCCAACCUCUCGCAGUACCAGACAGGCGACAUUUUCGUGCAGAGCUCGCCGGGGUACUGUGAGAUGCACAUGAACCGCGGUGCUAGCGGCACUCUGCAGAUGCUCCCUGGGGAGACGGUGAACAUUGUGUAUGCGUGGACGUGGGACUUCCGGCCCUGCGUGCAGGAGCUGCGCUUCGGCAAUGGCAACAGCUACUCCAUGACCAACACCACUAAGUGCCAGCUCGCCCAGACCAUCUAG